AUGCCCGAUAACAUGCCCGAUAACAAUCACAAUCCUGAUCUACCUCGCAUAAAUCUUCGUGAUUCUCGAAACCCGAACUCAACAAUGUCUCCUCCGAAUACCGGCUUUUCACCUUACGGUGCAGUGCAGUUACCACCAGUAUACUCCUAUCGUCAAUCACAGCAGCAGCAACAUCAGCAGAAACAUCAACAGCAACACCCGCCGCCACAACUGUCUCUGGACCUGACAUAUUCAGGUUCACCAAACCCUAUUGCACAACCAUUGCAACCAGCAGUCCAAUCACAAACCCAACACACCGCUGAAUCCAGGCCUCGUUUGCGAGUGAGCAAAGCCUGCGAUCGAUGCAGGACUCACAAAAUUAAGUGUUCGGGUUCAGACCCAUGUUCAACUUGUGUACGACAAAAAAAGGAAUGUACUUUUUCAAACCCUGCCGGUGGGAACACACAGAACAAACCAAAUGGGUAUCAACUUCAAGGUACAGAUUCAAACAAAAGGCGUAAAUUUAGCACCCUCAAUUCAGAACCAUUUGGAUUGCCUGUUGUCGACAAAUCUAAUGAUAAGGAGUAUAUAGCGCAUUUGGAAAAUAGGGUCCAAUAUCUUGAGAAUUUGUUGUCGAGAAACACGAUGGAGGACUUUAGACAACCUCGAUUCCAAGAACCGGAAAGUGAGGGUGUUAUUGAGACAUUAUACACAACUAGUUCAAAAUGGAGAUUUUCUCGCCGUCAUCAGAACUUACUUAUUGUUGAAUUGUGCAAAUCGAUGUAUUCAAAUUUGUCAGAGGAGCUGAAAGAAAAAGUAACCAUCCCUCGUAUGCAAUAUUUUGGGUGGAACAUGUCAGGAGUCAAUUACCUUACACCUGAAAAUCUACCUCCAUUACCUCAACUCGACAUUGAGUUUGAUGAACGAUACUUGAUUGACUAUUUCUUUAAAGAGGUUAACCCGUUGUUUGCUAUCAUCCAUGAGACUGUUUUUCGUGAACAAUACGAAGCUUAUGAUAAGCUUAUGAAGGAGGAAGCCAUUACGGGUGAACACAAACAUGAUUCCAAGUCAAAUCAAACUAAACUAUAUUCAGCAAUAUUGUACCUCAUAUUUGCAUUGGCUAUUCGAUUUAGCGAAUUCCAAAAACCCAAAAGCCCCGACUUGGAAAUGUUGAAAUUGGAAGAAAAGCUUUUCAAAUACGGGUACAAAAUUGUUUCGAUAUUGAGUUUCGAAUGGGAAUCAUUUGAAUUAAUACAGAGUUGGCUUUUGAUUGCAUUGUAUUUAAGAGUUGCUCAUAGACAAACAUCAUCGUCACAUGCAUUGGGCCAAGCUAUCACAAUGACGAAAUCAAUGGGAUUAGGAUUCAGCGAAGAAAACUACAACAUCUUAUCUUGCACUGGUUAUGAACGAUUGAAAGCUAAACGAAUCUUUUGGUGUGUAUUCACCUUUGAUCGUGUGUUUGGUUUACAAACUGGUCGAUAUUGUGGAAUCAGAGAAGAAGAUUUUGGUCGUGGAUUUCCUGGAUUUGAUUUCCAACAAGAAACGGUCAAGGAUGAUUGGUUGACUUUACCGGCAUUGGCGUUGUUGCACAUUGCUAGGAUUUCAAACUUUGUUCAUACGGCACCCACCGAUAAUCCUCAUUUGAUCAAGUAUCAACAAAUUAAUGCGGAAUUGGUCAAGUUGCACCAAUGGUUCAAUGAGGUUGGGUUCAGGAAUGAUUUGUUAUUCAAUAAACAUCUUAGUUCAACUUCAGAGAGUGAAGUCAGUUCAUUAAUCAAAGCGCAAGUGAAGUUACACUAUUAUGAUUUGGUACUAUGUGUUCAUGGUAAAGUUCUUUUCAACUACAUUGGCAGACGAAUUGUGAGUAAUGGAUUAAAAGUGGAAAUGGUUCUAGAUGCGUGUCAUGGUGUUAUUGAAGUUUUGGACAAGGUAAACAAGGCGGGAUUGCUUUAUACUCCAUGGUAUUCAGUACUACUCUUGUUGUUCAAUAUUGGUGUCAAUGCUCUUUGUUUAAUCAACGGCGGAGUUUUCAUUCUGCAAUCAAGGGAUCUCUUGAAAAAUACUAUCAAGUUGUUUACAAUUUUAAAAAAAUCACCCAUUAGAAACAAACAAAAUAAAUUGGUAUUUCGAGAACGAUUCAAAAUGGUUCGCGAAUGUACUUGGGCCUUGAAAAUGGCAAACAAGAUUCUCACAUUGAGGUUACAAGAGGAUAUGAAUGCAUUGAAUAAUAUUGGGGUUGAUCAUGGUUCAUCUGAUGUUAAUAAACAAUACUUUUCACAAUUGGGAUUCAAUGAUAGCGCUAUUAGUGGAACCAAGGACACUGGUGCUACUGCUAACUUCUCAUCAAAUGAUUCUCGCAAGCAAUCUCCAAAUCCAAAGAGUAAUGAGUUUAACAAGGUGUUUGAACAGCAAUUGUAUCGAAAUGAAAAUGGUUCAAAUGUACCUCAUCACAUAUUGCAACAGCAAGAAAUGCAAAGAACAGGUACCAUAUCGCCUGUUUUACCAGGAUCGAGUACCGAAAACCAGACACCUCGAGAAGGACCAGAUGAAGGGUCGUAUGUUAAUUCAUUUACUCCAUCUUCAGAUAAUCAUGAAGGUGGUGCUGCUGUUGAUCCUUAUCCAUCAACUGAGAUUGAUCAAAUGUUGGGUAACUUACAAUGGUUUGAUCAAUGGGUUGAUUUUACCUAUGAUUUUUAA